AUGUGCUAUUUCUUGGAUUUUUUCCCAGUUUCCUUAUACACUUUCGACAAGACCAAGCAGUGCAUCGGCACCAUGACCAUCGAGAUCGACUUCCUGCAGAAGAAGAACAUUGACUCCAACCCCUACGACACAGAUAAGAUGGCUGCAGAGUUCAUCCAGCAGUUCAACAGCCAGGCCUUCUCCGUGGGCCAGCAGCUGGUGUUCAGCUUUAAUGACAAGCUUUUUGGGCUGUUGGUGAAGGACAUGGAAGCCAUGGACCCCAGCAUUCUCAAAGGGGAGUCUGGAGCAAGCAAAAAGCAGAAGGUGGGCUGCCAGGAACUCCUGUCCAUUCCUUGGGGACUACAGAGCUGCAAGUCCUGACCAGGUCCUGCUACC